AUGAGGCUUCAAGAAGUUGUUGAGUUUAUAAGUAGAACAAAAGCUGCUGAUCAAUAUAGAACACAGAGGUUAAGAGAAGCACUUAUUACUCUUAAAGCACUUUAUGAAACUGAGGUUGAUGAAAUGAGAUUUGAAGGGUUGUUGGAUCAGGCUUUGCUUCAUAUGCAAGAUGAGUUUGAGGCUCUUUUGCUUAAGUUAAAGCAUAGGAAGUUGGGUGAAUUUUCACACAUGCAACAUGUUGGUGAUGAGAGUGAUGAUGAUUUCAAGGUUAGCUUUGAGCUUGGAUCUGAGUUGGAAAUCGAAGUUCUGAGAAGAAUUUCAAACAUUCUUGCUGCUAAUGAUUGCUUAGAUAUUUGCAUUGACAUCUAUGUUAAGGUAAGAUAUAAAAGGGCUGCAAAAGCAUUGAUGAAGUUAAACCCUGAUUACCUAAAAACAUACACCCCAGAAGGAAUUGAUGAAAUGGAAUGGGAAAACUUGGAAACAUCAAUAACCCUUUGGACACAACAUUUUGAAGUUGCAACAAAGAAAGUUCUUUUAUCAGAAAAGAAACUUUGCGAAAGCGUUCUAGGCGAAAUCAUCGACGGACUAAUCCAUCCAGAAUGCUUCGUAAAAAUAUCGGACAAGAUCAUGGCCGUGUUCUUUCGUUUUGGAGAAGGCGUAGCCCGAAGCAACAAAGAGCCACAAAAACUGUUCAAACUAUUAGACAUGUUUGAAUCAUUGGAGAAGCUCAAACCACAUGUACUUGAAAUAUUUGAUGGAGAAUCCGGUGAAGAUAUCUGCGCGCGGUUUCGCGAGCUAGAGAAGCUAAUCAUUGAUGCAUCAAGCAAAGUUUUUUGGGAAUUUGGAUUGCAAAUAGAAGGAAACGUCGACGGGUUUUCUUCCACCUCCACAAGACGGUUCUGUUCCAAAAAUAGUAAGAUAUGCUGUUAA